AUGGUCAUCCUCCACAACAACGAGCUGCCGCCCCACAUCAUUGCUGAAUGCUUCAUCCUGACCGUCCUCUACGUCAUCCUCACAGACAUCUUGGUUAUCUCCGCCUCCUGGUACUUCUUGUUGGGCGUUGGCCUUGUUCUUGUCUUCGUUAUGGACGGAAAUCUGCCUCUGAGGGGCUGCCGUGCCUCAUAA